AUGGGAGAAGAAAAUAAAGCAACAAAAUGGGAAGGUAAAGCCAUUGUUGAGGUAAGAGGCACUGAGGAGGAAAUAGUAUGGAGUGUGUUAGAAGAUUUCUGUAACCUACAAAAAUGGCUACCAAUUGAUAGUUGUUAUAAAUUUGAAGGAGUUGAAGGUGAACCUGGUCUUGUUCGUUAUUGUGCUUCAACUAAAAAAGGAAUUGUUAAGUGGUUCAAAGAGAAGCUGUUGACAAUAGAUCAUGCACAACGUUGUUUGUCCUAUGAAAUUGUUGAUAACAACAUGGGAUUUAAGAACUACGUGGCUAUAAUGAAAGUACUGCCGUUGCAAACCAACGGUGGGGAUGAUGCUAAUAAAUCUGUAGGGUGCAUGAUUGAAUGGGAGUGUGUUUGUGAUCCAAUAGAAGGAUGGAGUUUGCAAGAUUUACAUUCUUAUAUUGGGCACUUUCUCAAGUGCAUGGCCAACAAGAUUGAGCUUGCAUACUCAAAUAAUCAAACUUAG